AUGAGCUACUACUUCUUUGAUCCGUUUGAGGACCUUAUGGACGACUGGUUUUUCGGGUUCCCGCGCGUCUCGCGGCGUCGUCAAGCUGCUCUUCAGCAACAGCAACAGCAACAGCAGUACGAUGACCAGAAACCGGCCAAGGCCAACGGUGUGGUCGCGAGGCCGCAGAACGUCAUGGCGAUGAUAACGCCGCGGGUGGACUUCAAGGAGACCCCCGAGGCGUACGAGAUCAAUGCGGAGCUCGCGGGUGUGCCUCGCGAUCAGGUGAAGGUGGAGCUGCACGGGGACCUCUUGACCAUUCGCGGCGAGAAGCGCGAGGAGAAUCGCGCUGAGGAGAAAGACGAAGGCGGGCGUGUUGUGUACCUGCGUACGGAGCGGGCCUUUGGUGCGUUCGAGCGUUCGCUCAAGCUGCCGAAGAAUGUCGACCGUAACAGCAUCAAGGCCACGCAUAAGGACGGGGUGCUCAACAUCGUCAUCAAUAAGCUGAAGAAGGACGAGGACGAGAAAAUGAAUAUUGAGGUGACCGAGGCGUGA